AUGGCGUGCUGUCCAUGCUGGGAGGCGCUGACUGGCCAGAAGGACGCCUUGCAACUCUCUCCCCGUCAGGUGCCGGUCUCGGCACUGAUAUUGGGAACUGCACCUCUGGGCUGCGGCUGGGCCGGCGAUGUCUCAGAGAAAGAGGCAGAGGCCACCGUCUUGGAGGCGCUGUCGAUGGGCAUCCGCGAUUUGGACACCGCUCCGUGGUAUGGAGCUGGAUUGUCCGAAGAGCGAAUCGGCAAAGUGCUUGCUCAAGCCCAAAGCACUGCGACAAAGGAGCCAGUGAGCAUAGCGACCAAGGUUGGAAGAUUUAUGGUGAAGAAGACGGAAUCCUCUUCGUACGGGCAUCGCGUGGAGACCGCCUAUGACUUCUACACUGAUGCAUACCACAGCGACAUCCCGGUGUGGGAUUACCGCAAGGAAGGAGUUGAAGAGAGCUUGCGGCAGUCCAGGCGAAGGCUUCAGAGAGAUUUCAUAGAUUGCCUUCGGAUACACGAUGCGGAGGAUCCUGAUCGCUGGGAGGAAGCGUGCAGUUCCAACGGGGGCGUGGAUACCCUGGUGUCUUUGCGGAAUAGAGGUGAAAUUGGACAAGUCAGCCUGGGAGCCUUAGCUGAGAAUUUGGUCAAGAAGACCAUCGUGCGAUUUCCUAUCGGUACCUUUGACAACAUCAUGGUUGCACAAACUUGGAACCUCCUGGAUCAGUCAGCAUACCCACUUCUGCUCGAGUGCGAGAAGCGGGGGAUCAGAGUGCAGUUGGCAGCCGUGUUUUGCGCCGGCCUACUGUGGGGGCAGGGCCUCUACAAGUACACCAGCACUGUGCCGCCCGAAGCUGCAGACAAGGCCAGACGCUGGGAAGAGAUUGUCCGCCCGUUUGGCCUAAGCUUGCCCGCUGUGGCUCUGGCCUUUGCCUACCUGCCAACCUGCGUGGAGAGGAUCGCGAUUGGUUGUGCCUCUGCGGAACACGUGCGCAGCAAUGUCAAGCUCUGCAACACUGAAGUGCCACUCGAACUUUGGAGAAAAGCCAAGGAGCAAGGACUCUUGCCAAACUUCCUGAAUCUUUAA